UCUGUUUCCUGUUUCCGGUCCCUGUGCUAAAACGUGUUCGUGCUUCGCUUCUGUUUCAAAAUGUUUUGCGAUUUACCCGUAGAGAUCAUGGACAUGGUGUUUGGAUAUCUGAAAGACGGAGACAAAGCGCGAUUGGCCCAAGUCAACCAACAACUAAGCCAACAAUUUGUCUAUCACAGCCGGAAUGCAUUCAAGCAACUUAUUUGCUCUGAUUUUUCAGCGGACGAGUUGAAAGUUGUUGUCACGCUGUGCGGAUCCAAUGUUACCUGCAUUGAUAUAGACGCGAAUGUAUCUGAUUCUAUGAUAGAGCUCAUUGCAAUGCAAUGCAUCAAUCUCGAUUCAGGCAGCUUUGCAAUUACAGAUGAUAAUUUCAAUGCAAUCAAAGGCUUUCUAAAAAGGGAAAGCAUUAAAAGCAUUAAGUUGAACUGUGUCUACCAAAGCCACGAAACGGAUGUGUUUCAAUACGUGCAUGAAUACUGUAAAAUUUUGAAAAUAGAGGGAUUUUGGAUGAAUCACGAACAACAAAUACGACACUUGAUUCACCUGGAAGAAUUGGAAGUGACUUCGUUCGACACACUAUGUACAAUGGAUCUUGGGGACUUUACGCUACAGUGCUAUUAUUAUCCAAUAGGCCUGGAACUGGAUGUUGUGUAUCCUGAAUUGACAAAGCUGUCAAUUCACAUAUUAGACUCGCCCAUCACAUAUAGGUUAUAUUUGCCUACAUGUCCGCAGCUCAAAUCGUUGAUAUUGAGUUGUAAGCAAAUUGAAAUUCUAAACUUGGAGGAUGUAAUUGCCAAGUACGCAAAUACAGUGGAGAGUCUAGUGUUCGAGCCUAAAGUUGUUCGGGCCAAGUCGUAUGCUAGAAAUAUAGUAAGAGCUCUCAGGAAGUGCAAGAACUUGCUGCAUGUUGGAUCCAAAAAUGAUAUCAUACGUGUUCUAUUCGCUGACUAUCUGGCGCUCUUUAUUUAUAGUCUAAAGGAAAAAGGAUUUAGCACAGAGAGACGUUUUGCAUUGCAAGGGGAGGACAUGGACACGGACACGGACACAGAAACUCCCAUUGCAGCCGAUCAACUGAAGCAGGAGUUGAUGAACAAAGUCCCAGAUUCAGAAGUGUGGGACCUAAUUAAAAUGUAGCCAUUCAAAUAAGACAAUGAUACAAACUUUUUUUUUGCAAGAAAGUGCAUUACCUAUAUAUAACAUUAUAGCAUGGAUCUAUAAGAAGAAUAUAAU